GUAUUCUUCAUAAUUCUACCCAUCUCCCAUUUCUACGCAGGUUUCGCGAGACUUACACCGGCGGGUUGGCGUGUAGCAGUAUUUUCUCAGCCAAACGACCUCAACAGUACUGACAUGAAAACUGCUUAAAGUUACUUUUCAAUUUCUGGAGGCAUGUCCAAGAAAAGGAGCAGAAAGCGGAGCAGUGGGGAGCUGAGUGACACAGUAACGCCGGACCCCAACUGCAUUCUGGGAGUGCGCAUUCAGCAUAACUGGCGAGAGAGGGGGAACCAGAGCAAAUGGAAGGGAACAGUACUUGACAGACUUGGCGUCAACCCCUCUCUCUUCAUGGUGAAGUAUGACGGCUUUGACUGCGUCUACGGCAUUGAGCUGUUCAAGGAUGAGAGAGUGUCCAACCUGCAAGUCUUGUCAGAAAAAGUUGUGAAUAACAAACUUAAGAUACCUCCUGGGACAGAGGAGCUGGUAGGCAAAGCUGUGGAGCAUCUGUUUGAAAAGGAAGAUGGAGAGAAGAAUGAGUGGAGAGGCAUGGUCCUCUCCAGAGCUCCAGUCAUGACCAACUGGUAUUAUAUCACUUAUGAAAAGGACCCCGUUCUUUACAUGUACCAGCUAUGGGACGACUACGCUGAUGGAGACCUCAGGAUUUUGCCUGAAGCAGAAAACAAGCACCUGCUGCCUGCAGACAGAAAGCCAGGGGAAGAGACGGAGAGUCUGGUGGGGAAACAAGUGGAGUACGUUACUGACAAGGGUGUGAAGAGAACAGGUCUGGUCAUUUACCAGGUCCCAGCUAAGCCCUCGGUCUAUUAUAUCAAAUAUGAUGAUGACUUUCAUAUCCAUGUCUAUGACCUGGUCAAAACAACCUAAAUAUCGUGGACAUUUUUAAAUCCACCCUCUUUUCAUUUGCUUAUUUUCCAUUUGUUAUUCAAAGCUGUGACAGGGUUACAUAGCUGACAGGCUUCAUUUUCAUGUCAGUGUGUUUUGUUUUUUUUUUGCACAAACUGUAGCACAGCAAUACGUGGCUUUUUCUGAGGUGUGAGUGUCCUUAUUUUAUGGUUGCUGCUCUACUCGUAUGACUUAAGUUUGAGUGGUGUAAGAUUGUACUUGCAUCAGCUGCAGUUUUUACUGCAUUUGCAUUGUUGCCAUUGAAGAGUCCGUUAAGUGGUUCUCUAAAUUAAAUCCCAAAGCUGCACAGAAUAUCCUUUAGAAACUUUAUUUGGGAUUAUUAAAAUAGUUCUUAAGCUUAAUAAUGCAGUGUUUUGAACAAGUGGUUUUAUGUUCUAAAAGGAAUAAAUGAAAGCAGCAAAGUCACUUUGAUAUGGCCCCUUUGUUUUCAAAUGCCAAUGUAGUGCUGCACCUUUGCACCGUGUUUAGUAUUCAACAUCCGUCGGUGUGGUAUGCACAUCAGCUACAUACUACAUUAUGGGAUUCUUGCUUGGCUUCUAUUCCUGCGACCUUUUCCUCCAAAUCCAUAUUUUAACAGUAUGAGGAACAUCAGGACCUUUGCGCUUGCAAGUAAAAAGCUAAAUUUGCAUUUGAAUUUGAACUCACACAAAUCAUAAAGUGCCUUCUGGCUUGUCAUUUUGCAAUGUUUUAUUUUUGUAUUGUUUCUCCUGACCGUACACUCUUCAUUCAUCUUCGCUUAUGAAGGCCACUAUUUAGUGUUUAUUCCAGAGGGGCAACGCUGACAGCUCGAGGAAAGUUUUGCAACCAUCAGUUUGUAGUAGUGAUGUUUUGCUCUUAAUGUUGAAAUGUCCUUUAAAUGUAACACACACCAUCAUUGGUUGUAUUAUCUCACUGUUGAUAUUGUGGGGAGCACUUUAAUGUAUAAAGUUUACAUAUUUAGGUUAUGGUACAGUCUAAUUGUUUCUACAAAAUACUUUUUUUUAAGAGCAAAUGUGGCAGAACUAUGCUUUAAUUUACACGCAUGAAGGAAAGAAAUGGAAAAAAAUUGCUGCAGUACAUUCAGAUAACCAUAUUUAAGCUUUAAAACUUGUGUAUAAUUCCUUGUAAUGUUUGUUGUGAUUAUUCCACUUAUAAAGAUAUCUUACAAUAUCAAUAUAAGAUUCAUAUACUCAAGAGUUAAACAGACUAUUUCAUGAUUAUAAAUCUAACAAACCCAUCUGUUGCAACCAUCUCUAGCUCUAGUCUUUAAAACCUCAUGUACUUUGUCACAGUAUCAUAGUCUGCAUCGGUGUUGGCCUCAGCCUUUUGCUUUAUUAUGUAUCCUGUAAAUUUUAUUUUCCUAUCAAACUGCAUGCAUCGCCAAAAUAGUGCCUGAAGGUUUUGAAACUUUAACGUUGAUGCGAAUAUGUGACAAUGUGCAGUAGAAACACUUGUUCCUGCAUUUAAAUAAAACGCAAGAGGUUUUGAAACAUCAAGCAUCAAAGCUAGCAGUGCUUUGGAUUGUUUGUGUUGUGAAGGUGUGAUUUAUAAAUGACUGCGCUCUUCAUGCUUCAGUUGCCUCCCACUGUUCAUAAGCUGUAGCAGAAUCAAAUGGCAGUUUGUCAUUAUUGUUCUGUAAUGAGUAAUAAAGUUUUUGCACAUUU